GAGAGAGAGAGAAAAUCCCAAUACAAGUCUGGAGACGUUUGUCUAAGACUCUGAUUGUAUUUCUUUCAGCUGAUCCUUAAAUCAGAGAGAGAGAGAGAGAGAGAUCUCAGUCAUGAAGUCCUGCACAUGGAUCGGCUCUCUGACGUUCCUGCUGUACGUUUUUCCUGCAUUCGCUGCUUACAGGCAAAGCAGACAAGUAUCUGUCGGAAGUCUUCAAGGUGUGUGUCGCUAUGGCAACCGGCUGGAGUGCUGCUAUGGGUGGAAGAAAAAUACAAAAGGCCAGUGUGAAGCCCAGUGUGAAUUCGGAUGUAAGCAUGGAGAGUGUGUCGGGCCGAAUAAGUGCAAGUGUUUUCCGGGAUACUCUGGCAAAACGUGUAGUCAAGAUUUAAAUGAAUGUGGGUUGAAGCCUCGGCCAUGUGAGCAUCGCUGCAUGAACACCUUCGGGAGCUACAUGUGCUACUGCCUCAAUGGGUACAUGUUAAUGCCUGAUGGCUCUUGUGCAAACUCGAGGACCUGCUCUCUGGCUCACUGUCAGUACGGGUGUGAGGAAGUUCAGGGGGAGAUUCGCUGCCUUUGUCCCUCAACUGGUUUACAACUCGGUUCAGAUGGAAAAACGUGCGUUGAUGUUGAUGAGUGUGUAACGGGAAAGCACCAGUGUCCAUACAACCGUGAGUGUGUCAACACCUUCGGAAGCUACUACUGCAAGUGCCAAGCGGGUUACGAUCUCAAAUACAUCAAUGGAAAAUAUGACUGCAUAGACAUCAACGAGUGUCUUGCCAACACUCAUAAAUGUAGCCGUCAUGCAGAGUGUAUAAACACUGAGGGAUCAUACAAGUGCAAAUGCAAGCAAGGCUUCCGGGGCAGUGGCUUCGACUGUUCAGUAAAGCCCUUUUAUCACAGCAGCUCCUGGGACACUGAUAAAGGCAGUGCCGAUGAAUUUCACAACGCGAUCCCAGAAGUCCCUUCGAAGCCGCACAUUCUCGGCAGGAAAUUCGAUAACGCCAUCCCGGAGCCAGGAGUGACUGGAUCCCCCAAACUGCACCUACAGCCCUUCGAUUACGAUGGGGAUGUUUAUAUCGGGCCAGGAGAGGAAGUGACACCACUGAUACCGACUGGAGAGGAAGAGGAUGAGGAAGAGGAUGAGGAAGAGGAGGAGGAGGAAGAGGAGGAGGAAGGAAACGGAGUGGACGGUGAGAGGCUGAACCCCCGAGGAGAUGUGUUCUUUCCUGACGUCAUCUACGGCCGAGGAACAGAAUUUAAGGAAAUCAGAGCAGCUCCUCUACAGGAAAGACUCCUCACAGACUGUAACUUUGAUUCUGGGGAAUGUGAAUGGAUUCAGGAGAAGGAUGACGACCUGGACUGGACCGUCCGUUACCAUGACAACGGAUUGCGGUAUUACAUGGCGGUCGGAGGAACUGCGGGGAGCCGGAGGGAGCAGGCCAGGCUGAAGCUCCUCCUCACUGAUGGUGUUCGUCAGGGGGCUUUCUGCGUCAGGUUCAGCUACAGGAUCACCGCAGGGCUGCAGACGGGCUCGCUCCGCGUGAUGACAGAAAACACUCCAUCCCACCACGUGCUGUGGGAACAGAGACGCAGCCUGGACGACGGAUGGCACACGGAGAACGUCGACGUGUAUUGGAGCGACAGAGCUCCUGAAUCGAUCGUGUUCGAGGGAGCGCGGGGACAGCCGGCGCGCGCAGAAACCGGGCUGGACAACGUGCUGCUGAUCUCAGGGAGCUGCCAUGAUGCUGAGGCUAAACUGUUUUAGAGGAAAACGUCUUCACAUCAUUACUGAAUAUGUUUAAAAUAAAUAAUAAAAGUUGAUGGAAGUAACAAACCUUAGAUGAAAUUCCCAGAAUAUUUUUUUUACAUGUAAAAGACGAGGGUUACGGAAAACACGUUUCCUGAAGAAUAACACUGCGAGAGCUUCGGUACAUGGGCCAGGAAUACAGAUGUGCAAAUAAACGUCAUUUCUUUUUGUCAAUAAGUAAAUGUCCUAUCAGUUGUUUUUAAUUCAAUGUUUGUACUGAGACAUGAUAUAAAGUAAUAUUUUUACUCUUCAUUAGUAAACACUGAAACCGUC